CAUAAAAUUUACCAGAUAUUUAAAAAACAUUACCAAAUUCCCGCAAGAUUUAUCUCUGUGCUACUGACACUAAAAUAUGGAUUCAAUUUGUUCCAGAAUGUGGAUGACAUUCCAACCAAGCGUGGACAAUGUCCUUCUAACUUACAAGUCCAGCACGACUUCUGGGACAGCGAACACAGCGACAAUGAAUGUCAGGAAGACGCAGAGAAGGCCCGAGCUCCGGUGUACCUCGACGCUGCAAAGCUGGGAGACUUUCCUGCUCGCUACGUGAUAUCCGCCCUCAAGUCUUACGAGUUCCCAGCAAUAGGAGUGUACGUGGACCCAAGAAUUGUACCGGGGUUUAGAUACAAAGUCAGACCCAUUCAGGAUCAGAACAAUUCUCAAGCAGUACCAAAGCACUUGUUCAACGGAUGUGCUCUUCAGCUGCAGAAUAUAGGACGAGGGUACUCGCGAAGACUCACUUUCCAAGCUGACGCAAAUAAACUUAACGACAACGAUAAUUAUUUCUGGUCUGACUCUAGACCUGAAGGUUUUGCGUUUGAAUUGCAAGUGGUGUCACCUGGCGACAAAUUUACGUUACACGAUGCUAAUCACGUUGCUGCCGGCACACUCGAAGUUCUACAAAAUGACACUCCUCAAGAAGAAGUGAGCCAAUUGGUGCUCAACGACGGUUCUAUCGAGAAGACAGUGCGGAUUCGUGCACUGUGCAAAGUUGAAUGGUUUGAAAAUGGGCAGUCUGCAAUUGUUAUGCCAAUUCGUGGUCUCGCCGUGGCAGUUAAACCCAAAGACGGGCGACGUAAUGCCAGUGUGACCCGCGUAGUGAACGUAACGAUGGGAAGUCACCACAGGAGAGGUUUUACGCUAAUUCCGGGGGUUAAUGACAAAUGGCGUCGCACUACUGUACUAGGAGAAUCUAUCAGAGACAUACCCACACGCUACACCAUUACUGGUCUAGAAGCCCAUGAGCUACCAGUUAUUGGAACGUAUGUUGAUCUGCGCAUCAUGCCUGGCUUCCACUACAGGGUGCGACCCGCUGGCAGCAAAAGGCUGCUGUUUGAAGGCCAAUCACUGAGGCUAAUCAGCAUUGGACCAGGUUACGGGAAAAGAAUUGCCUUCGCACCAGACGCGAAGAAUCUCAAUGCAUCCAAUAAUUUCUUUUGGAGUGAUUCUCAUCCUGAUGGACUUGGGUUUGAACCAAGAGCAGUGCAUGCAGGGAUGAAAUUUGAAGUAAGAGCAGCUGGACAGAGGCUCGGAGAAGGGUCCGUAAUUAAAGAGUUCACAGACUGUGAAGUGCUUCAUUAUGCUAUUUCCUUCACUAACUUGCAAUCUCUCUCUGGUUUCCGACAGGUGAAAGACUCAGGUGGUACCACAGUCAUCAAGUACAUCCACAUUGAUGUGACUUGUCACAUGACACUGGAUACCACAAAUAAAAUGAGGAAGCCCGAACCGCAAGUGAUGCGUGUGUCGGGGACGGCGGUUGUAUCUCGAGGGCCCACGCGAGCGACAGCGCAACUGAGUGGAGGGAAGAAUGGUGACUGUUCGCUCAUAACUCUCAAACUUUGUGGGGGCGAAGAAUAG